AUGUCACAUGCCCACGGACAGCAGCCCAACCACUCGACCACCUUCAAAGUAGGCGAGACGUACAAGGUCGUCGAUGUGGUCGGCGAGGGAGCUUACGGUGUUGUGUGCUCGGCCAUCCACGUUCCCUCGAGCUCUCGUGUCGCCAUUAAGAAGAUCACCCCAUUCGAUCACUCCAUGUUCUGUCUUCGAACCCUACGCGAGAUCAAGCUGCUGCGUCACUUCAACCACGAAAACAUCAUUUCAAUCCUCGACAUUGUCAAGCCCGAUGAUUACGACAGCUUUUCCGAAGUUUACCUCAUCCAAGAACUUAUGGAGACCGACAUGCAUCGCGUCAUUCGCACCCAGGAGCUCUCCGAUGACCACUGUCAGUACUUUAUUUAUCAAACACUGCGUGGCUUGAAGGCGCUCCACUCGGCGCAAGUGCUGCAUCGCGAUUUGAAACCCUCAAACCUCUUACUCAACGCUAACUGCGAUCUCAAGAUCUGCGAUUUCGGUCUAGCCCGUUCCGCAAACCAACCCGAAGCCGAAGGGACGGGUUUCAUGACCGAAUACGUUGCCACACGAUGGUAUCGCGCACCGGAAAUCAUGUUGACGUUCAAAGAGUAUACAAAGGCCAUCGAUGUUUGGUCCGUGGGCUGCAUUCUGGCCGAGAUGCUUGCCGGAAAACCGCUCUUCCCUGGUAGAGACUACCACCACCAGCUUUCGCUCACCUUGGAGAUCCUCGGAACGCCUUCGUUGGACGACUUCUACGCAAUCACUUCUACUCGCUCCCGAGAUUACAUCAGGGCACUACCUUUCCGAAAACGACGCAACCUUUCGCUCAUGUUUCCCAAUGCCAAUCCUCUGGCCGUCGAUCUGAUGGAAAAGUGUCUCACCUUUAGCCCCAGGAAGCGCAUCACCGUGGAAGAGGCGUUAGCACAUCCAUAUUUGGAACCCUAUCAUGAUCCCGAAGACGAACCGACAGCUGAACCGCUCGAUCCUAGCUUCUUCGACUUUGACUACUGCAAAGAGCAACUCUCAAGGUCCGAACUCAAGAGGUUGAUUUAUAACGAGAUCAUGCGUUGA